CGCCUAAUCCAGGUCAUUCUUAAUUGAAAAUUUCUCCUUGGAUAUUAAAGAAAGCUGCCAGAAAUGCUUCUGUAAAGCUGGAUAUAUAUACAAGUAUAAACGUCAGUAGGUGAAGCACAUAGCAAGACAACAUAAUAAAGUCAAUAGGUGCUUCAAGAUGGGGUCGGAUACCUUUCAUAACUGGACAACAUAAAAAAGUCAAUAGGUGCUUCAAGAACUUGGACAAGCACUUGUUGGGCUCGGCCUGGGGCUCGCUAUAUAUAUUAUCCUCGUUUUUGACUGUCUACCAUGUGGAUUAUGAUAAGCUACUAGAGCUACUUCUCUGGUUCUCUGCAUAAACAUUUUCCAGGUUUAUCUGUAUAAUCAAAGGAAAAAAGUUGUCUGGAAUAUGGCAGCGGCAACAAUGCCUGCUGGGUUCGCCAUUUUCGUGCUUGCAACCACAGUCUUGAUCAUCAUCCAUGCUUCUCCUAUCUUCGGAGAAGAGGCUAUUGUACAGAUCCCAUUCAGUUACAUGGGUGCCACGGGCCCCAGCAAAUGGGGAAGCUUGAAGCCCGGCUUCUCAGAGUGCUCAACAGGUAAAUCACAGUCGCCAAUCGACAUUCGAAAGGGAAAGGUUGUUCUGAACAAGAAAUUGAAACCGCUGACCAGAGAAUAUAGUUACAUCAAUGCUACCUUCGUCAACAAUGGUUUCAACAUUGGGCUGCGAUGUGGUAAAAAUACAAACUUACUGAUUUCAGAUGGCAAGGCUUACAAAUUCAGUCAGCUGCAUUGGCAUUCUCCUUCUGAGCACAGAAUUGAUGGAGUUCAAUACGAUGCUGAACUUCACCUUGUUCACAUUGCUGAUGAUGGCUGCAUUGCAGUGAUAGGUAUCCUCUACCAUCUUGGACAUCCUGAUCCGCUAAUUGCUAAGGUGCAGAAUAAAUUGUAUCAACUGGCUAAAGACAUGUCCGGAGUUAAAGAGGGAGGUCAGGUUGCGCUUGGGACCUUCAACAUGCAUCAACUCAGAAAAAAUGCCCGCAAGUAUUAUAGGUAUUCUGGUUCUCUCACUACUCCUCCUUGCAACCAGACUGUAGCCUGGUACAUCCUUGGCAAGGUGAGACCAAUAUCACCAGAGCAAGUUCAAGCUCUCAAAGCACCAUUAGGUUGGGCGUACAAGAACAAUUCAAGACCAGUGCAACCACUCAAUGGACGACUAGUUGAGCUAUAUGAAGAGGUGAUCCCAGUCCUGAAUUUGAAUCCAUUUUAACUUGCUGAGUGCCUUGCAAGGUUUUCAGCACAUAUAUAUAUAUGUUGGUGAGGAGAGCAAGAGGCUUUACUAUAUUGUUGUGAUGAGAUUUUGUUGAGAAAUUGCAAAAGCUUGAGGUGCAGAGAGCAAGAGUUCUAAAGCAUAUCACUAAUAAAUAGAGAAGUUUAAGCACGUGCGUGUUUAUAAUGAAUGAUUCCUUUUGCGCAUGAUGACUUUGUCCACCAUUUCAUUACGGAAAACUGUGAAAUACCACGUUUUCUAGUA